AGAGAAACAGUUCAGCGCGCGACGACCUUCUGGAUCUCAGUUUAUCAUCGUUUACUUUACCAAGUGGUUCUCUAACAUCAUCAUCGGAAUAGACAUGCUGAAGGUCGCAGUUGUUGGUGCGGGCGUGAUCGGCCUUACCACGGCCCUCGAAGUCCAGAAGAAGUUAGGUCACAGGGUUGCCGUGACGAUAUACACGAGCGACGUCAGCCCCAAUACGACCGGGGACGUUUCCGCGGGUCUCUGGACCCCUUACUUACUGCAGGAAACGCCGGAAACGGAUGUCAUGAGAUGGUCUAAGGUGAUGCACGAUUAUAUCCACGAUCUCUGGAAAACGGGAUUCGCUGAAGAAGCUGGUAUUUCUCUUCAGUCUAUGAUCCACUUGAUCACUGAUGCCAAUGAAAAAUUGCCUGGAUGGGGAAACAUCGCCUUCGGCUUCACUGAAUUGACCAGGAAACAGUUGGACCAAUUGGGAUCAGAGCACAAGAAAUACUACGCGGGUGGAUUCACUUUUGUGUCGUUCACUUGCGAACCAUGCAAGCUCCUACCGUUCCUCCAGAAGCAGUUCUUGUCGAACGGCGGUGAGCUGAUCAUGAGGAAGGUGUACGACUUGGAGGAGUUCGCCGGUAAGCACGAGAUCGUGGUGAAUUGCGCCGGAUUGGGAGCGCAAGAUCUUCUGGGCGAUAAACAAAUGCAGGCCAUCCGUGGUCAAGUGGCAAGAGUCAGAGCCCCGUGGCAAUUCAACACCAUCAUGGAAGGCGAAAAUUACAUCAUUGUCAACAUGGAUUGCGUUGUGCUAGGUGGAACGCAUCAGGAAAAUGAUUUCGAUUUGUCCCCAAAAGACGAAGACAAACGUCACAUUCUCAACGGUUGCUGCAAUCUAGUGCCAUCACUGCAGAAAAGUGAAGUUCUUAAGCAUAUGGUCGGUCUGCGUCCGGGCCGUCCAAAGGUCCGCAUCGAAAUGGAGAGGAAGAUUGUGAAUGGAAAGCCAAUGAUCAUCGUCCAUAAUUACGGGCACGGCGGUAGCGGAGUUACGCUGUGCGUGGGAUGCGCGAAAGACGCCUGCCAACUGGUCCAAGAAGGUGUUAGCACCAUUUGCAAGUCCAAGUUGUAACCGGAAAUGCAACGAUUGCAAUCAACUGAACAAUACAAUAAACGAUUAUUACACA